CGGAGCGCGCACGGGGCGGCUCCGCGUGGGCCGGAGCCUCCGGCGCUGAGAGACGGCUCCGGACGGGACCCGACCCGACCCGGCCCGAGCCGAGCGGGGCUUCUGUCCCGGGGUUCGUCCCGACCGGGGCUGCCGGGCUCGGUCCCGCCUCGCAUUCCAAGUUUCGGCAGCCGCGACGCGGUCGCCGCCUGUCCCGGACAGCGGCAGCGACCGCGGUCCUGCCGCUGCUGCGGAUCUCGGCGGCCGCCCCGCCCGGCCCGGCCCCGGUACCCCCAGAUGCCCGGGGAGAGCGGGUAGCGCCCGAGGAGGAUGAAGGGGUACCUGGACCAGCAGGUGCCGUUCACUUUCCCGCAGCAGCCCCCGGGCCCGGCGCCGCCCGCCGGCCGAGCCGUGCUGGGCGCUGCGAGGACUCCCGGGGAGCCGGGCGUGCCGCCGGAGCAGGACUCGGAAGAGCUCUUCCAGGACCUGCGGCAGCUCCAGGAGACCUGGCUGACCGAAGCUCAGGUUCCAGACAAUGACGAGCAAUUUGUGCCUGACUUCCAUUCAGAAAACUUGGCUUUUCACAGUCCUCCUGCUAAGAUCAAGAAGGAGCCCCAGAGCCCCUCGGAGCUGUCCUGCAGCCACGAGCAGCCACUCCAGCACAGCAGUGAGCAGUGCCUUUAUGCCAGUGCCUAUGACCAGCCCAGACAGUCCCCCAGCCCUGGAGUCCUGAUCCAGCCACCACUCCAGCAGUUCUCCAGACAGGACAGGAGCUUCCUGAGCCCUGCAGGGCCACCCCGCUCCACAUCCAGCUGUGGCUUCCUCAGUGAGAACAGCUCUGCCUAUCAGCCACCUCUGGAGAUGUGCCAUUCCUUCCCACCCUCCCAGGCCAUGGCCCAGGAAGACCCCAUUGCCUACCAGUGCCAGCUGCCCAAGCCCUGCCUCCAGUACCCUCACCAGGGCUUCAAACAGGAGCACCACGACCCCCAGUACGAGCAAGCCAGCCAGGCAGGCAGCAGGCAGCAGUACCCAGCAGCUGUGCUGGUCAAGCAGGAGCAGGUGGAUUACCUGUACGACCCAGAUGUUCCUGACUGUCCUUCCAUGUACAUAAAUGCUGAGAGUUAUCCAAGCCAUUCAAAUACAGAAGAUCCAUUAGGCUGCAGCUAUGACAAGCAGAUGAGGUCCUUUACUGAUGAUGUCUGUGUUGUUCCAGAAAAAUUUGAAGCAGGAGACAUCAAGCAGGAAGGUGGAGGGUACCGGGAAGGACCCCCCUACCAGAGACGGGGCUCGCUCCAGCUCUGGCAGUUCCUCGUGGCUCUCUUGGACAACCCCACCAACUCCCACUUCAUUGCCUGGACUGGGAGAGGAAUGGAGUUCAAGCUCAUUGAGCCAGAGGAGGUGGCCAGGCUCUGGGGGAUCCAGAAGAACCGUCCAGCCAUGAACUACGACAAGCUGAGCCGGUCACUGCGCUACUAUUAUGAGAAAGGCAUCAUGCAGAAGGUGGCUGGGGAGCGCUACGUGUACAAGUUUGUGUGUGAGCCUGAGGCCCUGUUCUCCAUGGCCUUCCCCGAGCAGCAGCGGCCGGCGCUGAAGGCGGAGCUGGAGCGGCAGCUCAGCGAGGAGGACACGGUGCCUCUGUCCCACCUGGAUGACAAUGGCUCCUACCUGCCAGACCUUGGCAGCUUCCCUCCACAGCUCUACAGCAAAGGCUACACCUACUAGCACUGCUGGGAGCACUGUGCUUGUGUACAGGAGAUGGCUGGUUGGUGUUCAGCUGGUGGCAGCAUUUGUUCAGGCCAGCACUGAGCUCUGCAUCCCUGCUUUGGUCAGCACGAGUGGAAAAUCACCUGACAGCAGACAGUGCUCUGGUGUGCUUGUGAUAAAACUCUUACUGUGUCAGGAUGGGGCUCGUUCUCAGCUGUGCAGACAUCUCAGCAGCAGAUCAGGUGAUUGGUGCCUCCAGAUGUAUCAAGCCUGUCACUAUCCCCUCAUUGCAGAGGGAGGGGCACUGUCCCACCAGGGCUUUUUUCAUUAAGAAAAAUGAGAAAAAUUAUGAGAAUGUUACAAUGCUGCUGCUGACUCCAUUCCUCCUGUCCAUGUCCAGAACCUCUGCAUGACCUGCUUUCAGUUCUGACCAGAGGAACUCACUCUGAAAGGCUGCUCAAGCCUUCUUCCCAGGAUGGCUGCAGGACAAUGGUCACAGAUCUUGUGCCUUCCUUGAGGAAUACUCAUUGUCUUGUGCAUGCUCCUGCCUUAUCACCUCCUUGCUCAUGCCAGGAGUUUCUGGUCCCCAGGCACUCUGAGCAGGGUAGGUGGAGGCCUUGGCCAGGAUUAGGGCAGUCCUGCAGUACACGGCCCAAAGGCAUUCAGGGGAACCACAGAGAAGCUGGACUGCGUUGGUCUGGGGCACAGGUCAAAGCCAAAGCCUCGUUCAGGUGCAGGGAUUGUGGGAAGCAGCAAGGCCUGAGACACAGCUCAGUGUAGUGGUGUGGCUUUUCCAAGCUGAAAAACUUCAACAUUCUCAGGAUAUUUGAAGAGGUGCUGCCUCUUGAGUGUGCCCAUCCUGGGCUUGGCUAGAGAAUUGUCUGAGGCAAGAGGUGUGAUAAAAUUUAAUCACACCUGGUGGAGGUGUGAUUUAAAAAUGCUAUACAAAAUAACCUAAACCAUACAUAGAUCUUAAUAUAGGAAUUCAGACUUAAACUCCACAGAUAUUUGCAUGUUUGAGGGGAAUUCAGAUGUGUUGAAAAGGCAGCUCUCUCUGCAGUCCAAUGCAGCACAUGCAACUUAACUAAACUGGCAGGUUUUCCACAACAGUAAAUGUUUAUAAUGGGUACCACAUCCUGAUUAAAAGGUGUUUCAUUUUUUAAUUAGCAGCUUUACCAAGUUCUCAGUUAGACAAGGAGCAGUACAGUGUACCCAUACAGAAAAAGUCUGUUUCCAUUGCUUUAGAUUGAUGUUUCAGCUGCUGAAUAGAGAGCAUUGCCAAUCCUGCCAGCACGGUAGCCUGUAGAAAAAAUUCUGUAUAUUGACUGAAAGCCUGAUUUCCCCUGAUGACUGUUCCCUGCAUGGCUAAUGCCAACCCUCCCAGCUUCACCCCUGAGUGCAAGAGCCAUGGGAGGCAACAUGAGGAGAGACUAGACAGAGCAGUCUGCUCUGCUGAUGCCUUUGCAGGCCCUGGGCAGAGACUUGGUGUUCUGCCAGUUCCUGACCCUCCUGCCUUGCCCUGCACCUCCCUGGCCAGCACAGCUCCUGUGGUGUCCCAAAAGUGAGGGUGAAGGGGAACCCUUCCUCUGGUAUAAGCUGCCUUUACUAUUUAUGAGUGUAAAAAUACUAUCAUUAAUAAAUUGGUCUGUCUUGGGCCAGUGCAAGCUCA